CACCUGUACCUGAGAGACACCCUCUCCCGCACAUGGAUAUCCAAGAACAUGAUCAGAAUAAUCUGAACCAAAAGUGCCGUCAUGAGAAGAAAUCACUGUUCCGCAAAGUACAUAAAGAGCUUCUGGGCAUGUUUAAGCAUCAACAUUCGAAGAAUGCGCAUCAUGAGAGGGAACCACCCGAAAUACCAGAAAGACCACGUCGGCAUUUUUCAACAGAAAAAGGAAAUGUAACGGUGAAUGAUAAUGGGCGUAUCCAUUUUGCAAGUACAAGUAACACACAUAAAUCUCAGACAGAAAAGCAUACAGUUUCUGACAGCAAUCCCAGUCCAAGAAGCGAAAUAUAUAGUCCACUGCCACAGCCAGACAAUGAAAUACAUGAUUAUGAUUAUCCACAGUUUGACCAUAUGACAGACAUAUUUCGAGCUGCCACUCGCCGUAGACGAUUACCGGUACCGCCUCCUGAAAGUCCAGACAGACCAACAACUCCACCAGAAGGUUUUCUUCUAAACUCUAUAGAAAGUGAGGGUCCGAAAUACGUGUCACUGGCGACGAAACAAGCAGAACAUCUUUUUCGAGACAAUCUAACACAAGAUGACUUUUUUCAGUACACAGUCACAGAAACGGCUCAUUGUUUUAAACAUUGUGGUCUAGACGACUUUGCAGAACUAUGCCUUGAAAACAGACUGGACGGUAGUUUCUUCAGAAACGUUGACUGUAAUGAACUGCGAAAGGAUCCCUUCGGCCUCACAGAGUUUCAUAUUUUGAAGGUCACGAAAAUGAUAUAUAAUGGAUGGAGACCAAAAGUAUAUAAGUGAUAUCACUACUAGUUGUAUCAAUUACAAAACUGACAUAAGUAUGAACAAAUGAUAUGCAGAUUAGAAGGAUAUAUCCAGGAUGAAAAUUUAUGUCACAUAAUAUAUUUAUAUAUUCACUUUGUCAGUGGUCCCUUUCUACCAAAUGUUUAAUGAAAUCUGCCAGUUAAAUAAAUUGAUAUAUACACGUUUAUCACUUGAUAUCUGAUAUGGGUGUGAAAGCGGCUGUCGUUCUGAAAAUGGGUUGCAAUAAAUGAAGUGUAAUAUAUUUUCUACAGAAGAACUUGGUUCACUCAUACCAAAUAUUAAACGUGUAACUAUUGAUUUACUCAUCUGAAAUGUUAUCCUUAAGGACUUACUGUAUAUUUCAGCGCGAUUAUGUUCUUUUGUCUACCUUGUUAUUACGGUUAAAUUAAAGCAGCUAUUUUAUAACUGAGCUGACUGUGCUAAAACCAUACACACUUAAGGACUUUAAAACACCCUAUUUAAUAUACUAGUAUAACAGUAUAGUUAUUACUUGCAACUUGUACUAAAAUAUUUUGAUAUUCCAUAAUUUGAUUCAUUAAAUCUAGUCCAGUAUGGUGGUUUAAUCUGUGAUAUUUAAAUUGUGAUUGUUUGCUCAUCCGUAAUUUAGUUCAUACAAAAUUCACAACGCUCAACUACAAAAAAAUAAAUGUAAAUAAUCCAAAACUCGUGACAGUCAUUUUCUUCAAAACUUCCGGGUUUUUAAUAGAUUAAAGGUCUAUUCGUUAAAAUCAGUAUUUUAAAGGAUUGUUAUCAUUUGAAAUACUUUUAUUAUUCUUAAAUAUAGGCAUUUUUCAAAAUCCACAUUGAAACGCUAUAUAACAACAAUUUUAAAUUUAGAUAUUGCGGUAUAGGAGAAGCACCAAAGUUGCGGCUCUACGGUUCCAAAUUUGAAACCAUGACGUGAACGGUUAAAAUUACACAAUCAAUUGCAAGUACAAAUCUAUUAAACCUGUAACUACUUAAAUGGAUAUACGAUACUCAUUUCUGACGACGACGACGACCGAAAAUCUUUAUUAUCCGAAUGUAAAUAAUCUAAAUAUGAGAUUUAUGUGUGGUAGUCACGCUUCUUACAACAAAGAAACAUCACUUUAAUAACCUUACGUUUUAUACAUGUUUAAUAAAUAUAUGCAUUAAUUUAUCGACAUAAAGUGCAUAGAUCGACAUUUUAGUCCUUUCAAGAGUAUGUUAUACGACACAGGCAACAGCACAUUGGAUUAACUGUUUUUCAUUGAAUAUUAAAUCCGUAACUAUGUAGAAUAAAUGUUGAUGUGAUAAAUGAUGAAAGAUAACACUCGAGCACAGCGUCGCCUUAUUUCCACUAUGCCUUAACUAGAUUUUGACUUUGUACUACUUACAGCUAGUUGAACUAAAGUUGAGCCUGUUUAUGUUACAAGGCCACAGAUUCACCGUCAUACAGAGGUCAUAGAGACAUACCUAAUGACAUUAAAAUCUCCGUUUUUGCCAAAAAUGGACUUACGGCAUUGUGGAAAAAAGGCGAAUACAGUUUUAUGAUCUACGCAACUUUUAUUGUCGAUAUAAUUAUGUUUGUGUAUAAAAUCUUCCUGGUACAAUGUAGGAUGACAUGUACUUAUGUAUAGAUCCAGGAAAUUAAUUCUUGAUUGUUGUUAACAAUUAAAGCUAAAUAUAUCUUUAUUGUACAAAGGAAGCUCAAUCUCUGGACUUGAUAUUUAUAGAUGUACUUCUUACACUAAAGAACAUUAGACAAGUAUGAUCUGGCUGCUUGAACAAAUAGUUUAUUUUGACAGACGAGUACAUGUACUUGUUAUUUUAUUAUUUUACAUAGUCGUCUAUUUUUGUAUAAAAUUCUAUCAUGUACACAUUCUUACAUAUACUGCUGUAGGGUUUCAUUGUAGCGAGGCUACGGUUUUGGAAAGUGGGCCCUCCUGUUGAGUUUUAUUUUCUUGUUUCUUGGAUACCAUGAUUUUGAAAGUUUUAUCAAAUUGUUAGAACUAUUCAUAGCAUUUGCUGCAAAAUCUGAUUUUCAUAUUAGUAAAUCUUAAGGCGUGCUGUCGAAUAUCAGUGAAAGACAAACCAAAUGACAUCUUGUUUGCUAAACGUAAAUGAAUCAAGGUCAAAAUAAAAUAUAUUUUCUCUUCUC